AUGUCGCUGACUCGCGCACGUGAACCCACUUCGCUGCCUCUCGUUGUUGAAUAUACUCAUCGCAUGCUCCUCAUCAUUGCCCGGCCGGCCCGGCUUCUUGAAUGCCUUGAGUUCGAUCCUUCUGAAUUCUACCAGAUGCUUGAGGUGGCUGAGGAUCAGGUUAAAAAGCGUGCUGGUCAGCCCCCUACAUGUUUACGACUAUCUGGUAAUGACUCGGCCUCCCCACCACCACAAACUUCAGUUGCAACAAAGCAGAAAUCUUACUUUCGCAUCAUCGAAUCAGACGGGGCUGGCCCUGGUCUUUUUGCUGCCUCAGGAGUCGUAGUUACUGACGUACCUAAAUACAUCAUAUCAAAAUUAGGUCUUAGCAAGGCUGGUUUGGAAAGUAGGUGA